AUGGCUCAGACAUUUCGCAUUCUCGUUCUUCCAGGCGACCAUGUCGGCCCCGAAAUCAUGGCGGAAGCCCUCAAAGUCCUCGACGUCGUAGAAGAGUGUCGGCCCAAUCUCAAGUUUGAGCGCACUUUUGACCUCGUUGGCGGCAGCAGCAUCGACAAGCAUGGAGUUCCCGUGACGGAAGAGGUCCUCGACAAGGCCAGCAAGAGCGACGCCGUGCUAUUCGGCAGCGUGGGCGGGCCAGAGUGGGCAAACGCUUCUCCUAACCCAGAGGCCGGCAUUUUGGGUCUUCGGCAACGGCUGGAUGCCUUUGCAAAUUUGAGGCCAUGUGAGAUUCUGGUCCCUUCUUUGCUUGCAGCCUCGCCUCUGAAGCCGGACAUCGUCAAGGGCACCAAGUUCAUCGUCGUCCGAGAAAACUGUGGUGGCGCGUACUUUGGAGAUAAAGUCGAAAAGCCCGAAGUCGCAUCAGAUCUAUGGGUCUACGAGCCCCGGGAGGUCGAACGCUGCGCUCGUGUAUCGGCCGCCGUGGCCCGGAUCCUCGGGAAGAACGGUGACGGCAAAGGCGGCGACGGCCCGGCUGUUGUGUGGAGCGCCGACAAGGCAAAUGUCCUUGCCAGCGGAAGGCUCUGGCGCAGAGUCACGCAAGACGUCUUUGACAAAGAAUUUCCAGAUAUUGAGCUGCGCCAUCAGCUUGCGGAUAGCAUGGCUAUGCUAAUGGUCAAGCACCCUCGCGGUUUCAACGGCGUGAUUCACACAGACAACACUUUUGGAGAUAUUCUAUCUGACAUUUCGGGUGGCAUCGUGGGCAGUCUCGGGACGCUGCCGAGCGCGAGCAUUUCUGGCAUUCCAGGGCAGGGCAAAUGCAAUGGCAUCUACGAACCUGUGCAUGGGAGUGCCCCAGACAUUGCUGGUAAGGGCAUUGUCAACCCGGUUGCGCAAAUCCUCAGUCUGGCCAUGCUUCUACGGUAUUCCUGCGUGCUUGUGGACGAGGCGGCCGCCAUUGAAAAGGCAGUUCAGACGGUAUUCGAUUCAAAAGAGGCCGGUGGACUCGGCAUUCGGACAAAGGACAUGGGAGGCGAAGCGGGGACAAAGGAGGCUGGUGAUGCGAUUGCUGGUGAGGUUCGGCGUCUCUUGCAAAGAGACUUCAUGUUCAUAUCUCAAGUGCCCACCUGGGAUUACCAAGAACUCUAUGUUACGAAUACCAAAGAAACAAGAAAGCGCAAGAUUGAACUCUGUUGUUACACCCGUUUCGACAAGCAUGGCCUUCCAAAGACUACAUAUGUGCUUAAUCUAGACGAUUUGAAGAACGCCGCCAAGGGAUACUGCAUCAUGACUUGA